AUGGCGGUUAAACUCGAAGAGAAGUCGCACAAGGCGGAAGAGGCAGAGGUCGAGCACUGUGUCUCAAAUUUGAUUCACGCGUUCUACAAUGGACUGAACAUCUUCAAAAAGCUACGCGAACGAAGGCGCAAGCGCAAGGGCCGCAAAGAGAAUCAGCCCGCAGAUGCAGCCGCAAGCGAAGAGAAGCAGUUGUCUAAAUCCUUGAAACGAGGACCACAAGAGCUCGCCGAGACUUACGAUGCGUGCUACAAACAGACUGGGCAAAGCUUUGCAAAAGGUGACGGAGAAGAAGAAGCAAACAAGCUCACGCCAACGUGUUACUGGACCGACCAUAACACGCAUGCCAACCAAGUCAUCAAGGCAGCCUCAGCUUGUCGUAGUCCGGCCAAGGCCCUCCUCCUCGUCGCGGAAGAGCAAUUCGCGCAAACGGCACCGCAGCAAAAGACGUCGUCGCCAUCAGCACGAAGUGAGAAGUACUCGGCCGCACCACCGGUGUCUUUGCCGGUCAGGCGCCGCAUAGACAAGAUGACACCGUCGGCGUACACAUUUGCGUCUGAUAGUACAAAGCUGGGCGAGAUUCCACAACGUAGUUGGACGACACCAUGGGACUAUGAAGAGGCUGAUCGAUUGAACCAUGAGGCCCGCACGGCGGUGCCAAUUGUAGUAAUUGACGAGAAGGUGGGCAGGAAGAAGGGCAUCUUCAAGUGGAUGAGGAAUUGA